ACCCUUGGCAUGAUCAGACACCGACCAGACACUCCUGGGGUCGAGCUAAGCCCGGGCUUCUGCACUUUGCUCUCGCCACCGACUUCUCUCGCCCACCGUGUUGCUCAGGCUCGGGACACUUCACCUGCCCUUGGUUUUCCAGAGUAGCACUGAGAUGUUCGUCCUCAGAGCAUGUGGAUGCCAAGGCAAAAGUGGAGACACUCUUAAUGAGCUCAGUACGUUUUUCUAACGUUUGGGUAGCGCUCACGUCUUUACAAGGUAGUGAAUUCCUAAGAAGAAAAUAAUGGAUUGCAUAUUACUAGUUCUCUAAUUGUUUGAACACAGAAGUGUGCAGGUUUGUUGCAAAAGCCAAAAGAAGAUGGCAACUCCUUAUGUCCCAGUUCCUAUGCCAAUAGGGAGCUCUGCUUCCAGUUUUGCAACCAACAGAAACCAAAGAAGUUCUUCUUUUGGGAGUAUCUCAACAAGCUCAAACUCUUCCAAAGGCCAGUUAGAAGACUCAAAUAUGGGUAAUUUUAAACAGACAAGUGUACCUGAUCAAAUGGAAAGCACUUCAUCUGUCUGUAGCAGUCCCCUCAUUAGGACUAAAUUUACAGGUGCAGAUUCUUCCAUUGAGUAUUCUGCUAGACCAAGAGAAAGUGAAGAACAAAAUCCUGAAACAGUGAAUUUGGAAGAUAGACCUUCUACACCUAUUAUCCUGGGUUAUGAGGUGAUGGAAGAAAGAGCUAAAUUUACUGUAUAUAAAAUACUAGUAAAGAAGAGUCCAGAAGAAAGCUGGGUAGUUUUUAGAAGAUACACUGACUUCUCUAGGCUUAAUGAUAAAUUAAAAGAGAUGUUUCCAGGCUUUCGAUUAGCACUUCCACCAAAACGCUGGUUUAAAGAUAAUUACAAUGCCGACUUUUUAGAAGAUAGACAAUUAGGAUUACAAGCAUUUCUUCAAAAUUUAGUAGCUCACAAGGACAUUGCUAACUGCCUUGCAGUGAGAGAAUUUCUUUGUCUGGAUGAUCCACCAGGUCCAUUUGAUAGCCUAGAAGAAAGCAGGGCUUUCUGUGAAACUUUAGAAGAGACAAACUACCGUUUUCAAAAAGAACUACUUGAAAAACAAAAAGAGUUGGAAUCACUGAAGAAACUGCUCUGUGAGAAGCAACUUCUUAUAGACACUCUAGAAAACAGAAUCAGGAACUUAUGUUUGGAACCUGAAGAAUCACUGAUCGUGUCAGGAACAGAAGGUGGACAGAUCCUAAAGGUGGAGUCCUCUGCACUUGAGGUUGAUCAAGAUGUCUUAGAUGAAGAAUCUAGAGCUGAUAAUAAGCAAUGCUCAAGUUUUAGUGAACCUGAAAAUUCCACAUCAGACAUAGAAGUAGCAGAAGUGGCAUAUAAUGCGGAAGACGACUAAUGCAUCUCAAAUGGUUCCUUCCAUUUUUACGUUCCUGCAAAUUUAGAAUAGAGUGGCAGAUAUUUAAAAAGAAAAAAAGAGACUGAAGCAUUUACAGAAAACAGCAAGAUUGCACAUGUAUAAAGUUUACAUAAAGAAAAAUUUAAGUUAUUGGUAUAGGAAAUAUAUUCACUGUUGCUUUACAUUGUCUUUUAGCCAAACUUUGUAUUUAACACACUAAAAAAAAUCUGGAGUUCUGUCAUCAAGGCCCACAUCCUUAAAUACUGUGCAUAAAUUAUUUUGUUGUUUUGCCAAUAUAUUGCUCCAGACUAACGUGGGUGUGCACACUUUGUGUGUGUGUGUGUGUGUGUGUGUGUGUGUGUGUGUGUGUGUGU